AUGCGCCUCACAUUACUAUCCCUUGCGGCUCUUACGGGCAUCAGCAUAGCCAAAACCCCAGGCUGCGGCCAAGACAUACCUUCUAAGUACCCAAAAGCAGGGAAAAGCGAGUCCCUCACCCUUCCAGACUCCGACCGGGAAUACAGAUUAUUCAUCCCUGCCAACUAUGACAAGGACACGCCAACACCGGUCUACUUCUCCUUCCACGGGGCGUCGCGGGACAUGCUAGAGGAAGAAGAUCUGUCACAAUUUUCAAACCCGGAAUUCAACCCCAACGGAAUCGCCAUCUACCCAAACAGCAAGAAUGGAUAUUGGCUCUCCAGCCCCUCUGCAGACACAUCGCGCCCCAACGAUCUAGACUUCACCAACGAUCUGCUCACGCACAUGGAAGAAACCCUCUGCAUCGACACAAGCAAAGUAUACGUGGCGGGCAAGUCCAAUGGUGGCGGUUUCGCCAGCGUCAUUGCCUGCAACGCCACGGUUGGAAGCCGGUUUGCGGCUUUUGCGGCUGUCAGCGGCGCCUGGUAUGACACAGACGACAUGAAGGGUGUCGGGCCCUGCGCCCCCGCUAAGCGGGAUGAGGGGUAUCCUUUCCUGGAGUUCCAUGGUACGGUCGAUACGACCGCGCCUAUCGAUGGUGACGGGAACUCCAAGCUGCCUGUCAUUGAUGUCCUGCAGGCCUGGGCGGCUCGAAAUGGAUGUGAGGACAGUUCGCAGCCGACCAGCAAUGAGACUAUCUUUGAUGACCCGACUGUGAAGCAUGCUUCUUGGGACUGUAACGGGCUGAAAGGCAUUGUUCAGCAUUACCGCGAGAAUGACAAUGGCCAUUGCUGGCCAAGUACUGUUGGCAAUGAUGACUUUACCCGGAAUGCCGCACAGUGCCCGUUGGGCAAGUAUGAAUUCAACGCGACGCAAUACAUAUUUGACUUCUUUGCGGAGGAUCACUCGAGCAAGCCUAGUGCAACCGCAACAAGUACUAGCACAAGUGCAAGUACCGGCUCAACGGCUACAAGUACUCAUCACAACCAAAGCCCGAAGAUUUUACACCCCAUGUCCAUACAUGCUUUGUAUAUUAUAUUUUCAGCUGUUGUUAUUAAUUCAAUGCAUAUGUAA